GGCGUGGAGAUAAGCAAAAUUAGUCUGCAGAGAAAGAGAGGUAGAAGCCAGACCUAAAGAGAGAUCAAGGCUGACUCAAGUCUCUCUGCCUGAUUAGGGAGAGGAGGGUUAGUGGUGGGAUCCCCGAUCAACACAACGCCAGAGCCAUCGAGAGAGAAGAAUUACAAGAGGACGCCUGGAGAAAAAGAAGCCUCUUAAAUCUGGGAGCUGGAAUUAGAGCCGCAAGAAACUGCAGAGGGGAAGCCACAAAACCACAGUGAAGAUGCCUGCUGAUGGGAAUCGUCCUCUGAAGCUGCAGUUUGGUCUGAUAAACCACGAGGGUCGCUACCUCACCGCGGAGGCUUUUGGCUUCAAGCUGAAUGCGUCAGCUCCCAGCCUGAAGAAGAAGCAGAUCUGGACUCUGGAGCAGGACCCUCAGGACCCCCAGGUGGUCUACCUGCGCAGCCACCUGGGCCGCUACCUGGCCUCCGACAAGGACGGCAGGGUGACCUGUGAGGCCGACGGGCAGAAUGCAGACUGCCGCUUCCUCAUCGUGGCUCAGUCCAAUGGCAGCUGGGCCCUGCAGUCCGAGCCUCACCUACGCUUCUUCGGUGGGUCUCGAGACCACCUGUCCUGCUUCGCCCAGCUCAUUACAGACGCCGAGCUGUGGGCCGUUCACCUGGCGCUACACCCCCAGGCCAACCUGCUGUCCGUGGCCCGAAAGCGGUACGCCCACCUCUCCAUGGAGGACGGGGAGAUCGCCGUGGAUAUGAACAUCCCCUGGGGGGUGGCGGCGCUCCUCACCCUGGUGUACCAGGAGGGAAAGUACUGCCUAAAGACCUGCGACAGCCGCUUCCUCAGCAACGAUGGGAAGCUGGUGACGCAGAGCGGGAGGGCGACUGCAUACACGCUGGAGUUGAAGUGUGGGAAGCUGGCCUUUAAAGACUGUGAGGGGAAGUAUCUGUCCCCCAUGGGGCCCACGGGCACCCUGAGGUCCGGACGCUGCUCCAAGCCAGGCAAAGAUGAACUGUUUGAUCUGGAGGAGAGCCACCCACAGGUGGUCCUGACCGCCGCCAAUGGGCGAUAUGUCUCCAUAAGACAAGGAGUAAGCCUUGCAGCCAAUCAGGAGGACGAGACGGACAUGGAGACGUUUCAGAUGGAGAUCGACAAAGAAACCAGGAAGUGCACGUUCCGCACCAGCCAAGGGAACUACUGGGACCUGGUGGCCCACGGAGGCAUCCAGAGCUCAGCCACUGAAGUGUCAGCUACCAGCAUGUUUUCAGUGGAGUGGCUCGGCCACAAGGUGGCACUAAAAGCUACCAAUGGGAAAUACAUCUGCACCAAGAAGAACGGCCAGCUGCUGGCUGUCAGUGACUCCAUAGGCGAGGACGAGCAGCUGACGUUGAAACUGAUCAACAGGCCGAUGCUGAUCCUGAGAGGAGAGAACGGCUUCAUCUGUCAUCACAAGAACUCCAACCUGCUGGACGGCAGCCGGUCCGUCUACGACAUCUUCAGCCUGCAGUUCAGCAACGGGGCGUACCACAUCAGAGGAGUGGACGGUCGGUUCUGGUACGUGAACAGCUCCGGGCUGGUGUGUUCAGACGGGGAAGUUCCUGAGGAUUUCACUGUGGAGCUGCUGGAGCACGGCCGCCUCGCCAUCCGGGGGAAGAACAGAAAAUACCUGCGAGGAGACCAGGGAGGAACGCUGAAGGGAGACGGACUCAGCCUGAGCAGCUCGGCCCUGUGGGAGUAUUAAAACAUUACAUUAUCAGUAUGACGUCAAGAGUCUAAAGGUCUGUGACACUUUAAGGUGGAAGAUAUUUACGCACCAGAGACGAGUUGCAACUUGUACUGAAUUCAUCGCACAUUUUCCAGCUUCCUGUUACAAAGAAGUCACAGCCUCACACCACAGGAGAGUGAGAACGAGAACCAAGAGAAGUCCUGGUGGCGUGAACAAUGCUUUGGAUCAAACAGCGGCAUGAGUGUGAAUGAACUUUAGAGUUUUUGUGUUGUUCCUUAAGAUUUUUUCCAAAGAGCAUGCGAUGCAAGAUCUAUUUAUUGUCCAAUCUAACAUCUCCAUCUUUAGAAAUAAAAUCCUCCUUUCAAUAAAGACAAGUAGACGUUCUCAAUGUCCUUCAGCCCCUGAAGAUGUAAAACCAAAACCUUCUUUCUCCUUGUCUUCAUGUUCCCAAACGUUCUCCCUCUCCUUACAGGUGUGAUAUUAUUGACAGCACAGUGGUAAAACUAUGGUGGCCGAAAGGGGCAAACGCAUUACU